AUUGAAGGAGAGAAAAAAGAAAGAAGGAAUCAAAUUAGCUUAGACUAGUAAGAAGUAGACAAGUGGGACAGAAACGGUGGCAGUGCUGCAAUGGCAGUGAUUGAUAUGUGGGUGAUGCAGUUUUGCUCGCCGUUCAAACGGGGAGCUCGAAGGAACCUCAACACUUACAAAAAAAAUUAAACCUACAAAUCUCUCUAACCCCAUUAUAGUUUUACCGUUUCUAUUCUAUUGAUCCAAACUUUUUCAUUUCAAACAACUAUCAACUCUGUAUUCUUACAGGCGUUAACAAAUAUGUCUCUUGUCGAUUGAAACAGAGUGGUUGUUCUGUCUUUUUUUACGGUGAAGUUCUUAAAUAAAUAAGGUUGCUUCCAAGGAAGGAAUCUCAUUAUCCCCAGAAAUAGAACAUUUUAUUAAUUUAAUUUCUCUUCUAAGGAAGUAGAACUUUGGACGGAUUGUCCUGGCAAAUCAUAAGGCUCUUAGCGAUUCCCUCCACUGCCCGCCAUUUCAACCAUUAUCCUUUUUCUAUUUCUCUAGGGACUGUGUUACUGUAAUGUAUGCAGGGAAGUAGAGGGAGAAAGGUGCCGGAGAUGGGGUUUCAGGACCAAACUGCGUCGUCCAGGCCAGGCUUUAGAGCUCGUGAUUCCAGCCCCGAUUCUGUCAUUUACGCUCUUGAGUCGAGUUUCAGUCUCUUUUCUUCUGCUUCUGCCAGUGUGGAGCGCUGCUCUUUUGCGUCGGAGGCACACGACCGCGAUUCUCUCAUCUCUGAAAUCUCACUUCAUUUGGCAGGGCAUGAUGAAGGAAACCACGAGAGUUGCGGUGGUCCAGAUCCAGAUCCAAACAAACCUGCACUAAGCAACAAACACAGUCGUCUCUAUACAAAGGGAGAAAAAGCGAAAGCAAAUCAAAAGGAUGACAGCAAUGUCGAUUUAGAAGAUGAGAAUAGAACCGUCGAUUCAGCGAGGAAUUCCUUUUCUCUUGCCCUGAAAGAGUGUCAAGAUCAUAGAUCCAGAUCUGAAGCUCAAUCCAGGAAACUGGACAGAAGGAGACCUGCUUCAUUGGAUCUAAAUAACGCUACCACAACUUCCUCACCUCGUUUGGCAGCUGUAAAGAAGAACCCUGUUGUAUCAACGCGCAAAACUGGAACAUUUCCAAGCCCUGGGACGCCGAAUUAUCGGCACAAUAGCUUUGGUAUGCAAAAGGGGUGGAGCUCAGAGCGUGUGCCAUUGCACAACAAUGGUGGUCGGAAACAUGCUAAUAACCCUGCAUUGCUGACUCUUAAUAGCGGCAGAACAUUGCCAUCAAAGUGGGAAGAUGCUGAAAGGUGGAUCUUUAGUCCCAUAUCCGGUGAUGGGGUUGUGAGGAACUCAGUUCCACUUCCUCAACGGCGACCGAAGUCAAAGAGUGGGCCACUUGGCCCUCCUGGUUCUGCAUACUAUUCACUAUAUUCGCCAGCAGUUCCGGCCUACGAAGGUGGGAGUUUUGGGAAUUUCAUUACAGGGUCACCAUUUUCAGCUGGAGUGAUAUCAGCUAAUAGCUUGGGGAUUCAUUCCGGUGGGCAUGAAGUGGCCUUUCAUGGACAAACAGAGCCCUCCAUGGCGCGAUCACUUAGUGUUCAUGGAUGCUCUGAAAUGUUGGGUCAAUUGUCAUCAACAACAGGCUUACAAGAAGAAUCAGGCGACAUUCUAACUAGAGUCAAGGAUUCAGGGACGGAUGUUUCUCGUGUUGUUUCAAGAAGGGACAUGGCUACACAAAUGAGCCCAGAGAGUAGUGUCCAUUCAUCUCCCAAGACGAGACCGUCAAUCUCUGCCUCAAGUUCAUCUGCUAUGCAUAUGUUUGAGCUGGGAGCUGUCACUUCUAAGUUGGAGAUCAGGGAUGUACAAGUUGAUAAUCAAGUUACUAUGACAAGAUGGUCUAAGAAACAUAAAGGCUCGUUUCCUUGGAAAGACUCUCUUGAUGACAGGAGGAAGAAAGAUGUUGAUGCGGUUUCUCGAUGUUCGGAUCUAGACAUUCCUCACAUAGGAAAAAGUAUUUCAAAGGUUAAGCGUGAGGAAGCCAAAAUAACUGCAUGGGAAAAUCUACAGAAAGCAAAAGCUGAUGCAGCUAUACGGAAACUAGAGAUGAAGCUGGAAAAGAAGAGAGCAACGUCAAUGGAUAAGAUCAUGAAUAAACUUAAAUCUGCUCAGAAGAGAGCCCAAGAAAUGAGGAGCUCAGUGAUGGCAAACCAGUCCCCCCAAGAUAACAGGACAUCUAUCAAGUCUCUAUCUUUUUAUCGAGCCCGUCCUAUGGGUUCCCUAAGUGGUUGUUUCACCUGCCAUGCUUUUUAGUGCUCCGUUGAUUACCAAUUCCCUGAUAUGGCCGUUCAACCAGGAAUACUUGAAGUGCUGGGCCUCCCUAUGUCUGCAGUUUGUUCUGGAACAAAAGUUUCGUUUUCAUAAAAAUUUAGCGUUAAUGUUGAUCAAGGCAGUCAUGGAUCUUGUUUUGACAGAUAGAGUUUAUAUUUACUGAUAAUUGGCGUUUAAGAACAUGGAACAACAUUGUAUAGAUGAAGAGAUGCUGCCACUUCCACUCGAAUGUGGCGUCGAUGCAGUUUUCUCGUGGUGUGGUUAAUUAUUCUACUAGAGAUUCGUAAUGAGCUUGUAAAACAUUCAUAACCAACUUCAUGGGAGGUGAAAUAUCAGAAACUUUCUGUAGCCAACUUCCAUGUAGACAAAAGUUCGAGAUUUGGUGCAAUGUUUGUAACUAAAGUAACCCCUUUUCUCUAAUCUGUUUAAUUCUCAACAGGUUUUGUUUUCUACUAAACUAUAUUGUCUAAGGCUUGAUGGUGUUAUAUGCACAAAAAAAUUAUCGAAUAA